AGAACCGUACUUAUCCUCUUGAUAUUUCUUCCUUAAGCGCAAAAAGCGGCGCUAGUGCUUCUAGAAAAGGUGUAUGGAUUGCGAUUCAUGUUUCAUCUUCUAAAAGAAAUCUUAGUAAAAAUGAUCCAACUUGUUCAAUUAUUAGACUUCAAUGUUGGGAACAAUUACCAAGUCUUGAUGAAUUGAAGCAAAAAAAUCAUUUUGGUAAAAUUAUUGGUAUUGCUAGGUUUAUUGAUUGUCUUAAAGCUGAAGACGUACCUGAUGACGUUGUUUGGAAAGGUGACUAUAGUAGUGGUGGGGGUGGAAAAAGUCAAAGGUAUUGUUGGAUUAUUGAUGAAGUUAGAGCUUUGGAAAGAUUAAUCGAGUGUAAAGGAAAUACUGGUGUUUGGAAAGUCGAUGAUCAAAUUGCGAAACAAAUAUAUAAAGAAAUCGC